CUGUAGACAAGUGCUGCAGACACGGAACACAUCUGUUUGGCACCCGAGAAAGUGCGAGAAAGUGCGAGAAAAUGGCCGCGCGAUUGAGCCACGUAGCUUCGCGGAUCAUGGGCGGCCACGGCGUCGCCGCCCGCUCCGUCUCCUCCUCCCUCCGCCUCCGCUCCGGCAUGGGCCUCCCCGUCGGCAAGCACAUCGUCCCCGAUAAGCCCGUGCCCGUGAACGACGAGCUCAUGUGGGACAACGGGACCGCGUUCCCCGAGCCCUGCAUCGAUCGCAUCGCGGAUACUGUGGGAAAGUAUGAAGCAUUGGCUUGGCUUUGCGGAGGUUUGGGGUGCUUCGCGGCUUUGGGGCUUUUGGCUGUGUGGAAUGAUAAGGCGUCGAAGAUACCAUUCACGCCAAAAGUAUAUCCAUAUGACAACUUACGGGUGGAGCUUGGUGGUGAACCAUAGGGAGGCUGCAGUUUAUUGAUCUUGAAGCUGCUGUUGUUUCAUGUGUGAUAUACUCUGCCUUUUCUGCAGUUGGUAAUUUUUCAAUAAUAAUCGAUCAACUGUUCUUGUUCUCUUUUCCAUGAAAGCAAUAUGGUGUUCAGCCGUUGCAUCAGUAGAGAGAUACGCAGGAAUCUUAUUACAACUUAUCUGUCUUUUUCAUUCUGUCAAAAUCGAUUUUACGGUAUGAGUUGUUUUGGUUGUAUGCAACAAGGUCCCUAUGGACAAGGGAACAAGUGAAUCAUCGCUUUGGGGUGCAGGCAGCCCUCUACUUUCCAUCCCAUUGUUUUCCAUCGUCUCGUAUUAUACUGUACCAUAUCAGACCAUAGCCAUCUAUCGAGUGAGAGAAAGGUAGUAUGAUGCUCAGCCUUUUCAUAGCA